UUUUUUUUUUUUUUUUUUUUUUCUAAUCAUCUUCCGCCAUUCUUCCGACUCGAGUUGCAAGCCUUCACAUUGCAACACGUACAAACACCUGGACAACCAUCAACCACCAACACUUCAUCACCACGUCUUCAUCCGCAAAGAUGGCGUCCAGUGCUGUACUCCGAGGAAGAAUCGAGAAGAAAGGAGGGAGACGAAGCUCCCUCAAAAGCCGACGUUCAGCCCUGCUGAACAUGCCAAUCGAUCUCAUCCUUGAGAUCACCGACGAACUGUCCCCCGCGGACAAGAUUAUCUUCGCCACGACCUGCCGAGCAAUUCGGAACACCGUCGGUCGCGGCCAAUUCCCUUCCGACACAUACGAGGACCGACAAGAGCGGUUCGAAUACCUGGCCGGUAUGUGCCGAGAUAUGCCCAACCAUUGGGUCUGCGAGGAGUGCAUGCGGUACCACCGCAUCGACACCUCAGAUACGUCAGUGCAGAGCCGCCCGACAUGCCCACUGGCCGACAGAUACGGGCGAUACAAUCAGCCAUUGACCCCGAUCCCGGGAGACGAAUACGAGCUGGGAAGACGCCACGUCCAGCUGGCGCUGAAAUACACCCGGAUGGGCGACUCCCUCCUCCCCAGACACCGCCAGUACCUGCGGCGUCUCACGGCUGCGCGGCAGUAUUCGCUCUCCUACCCAUGGGAGACGAAGCUGAUGGUCACCGCCAAGAUCAUCCCGCGAAUCGUCGAUGGGCGAUUCCUCCUCCGGAGCCUCUGCGAGUAUCGGCAAUCGUCAAAGCCGGUCACCAGGGAGCUCAUCGCCAGCGAGUCCGUGUGCCCGCACCAGCAAGUCUUCCCGCCGCGAGACGACGACUGGAGCAACGAUGCCUUCCACCAGAACCUGCGCCAAUUCCACAAGGCGGUUAACGACUCAUUUGAGACGCCGGGAAAAGAGGUGCACAGCCACUGCCCUCACUGCUUCACCGACUUCUCCGUGACGACCACAACAAAGUGCAUCCGGAUUUCGGUCUGGAUGGACCUGGGCACCGAGAGUUCUCCCCUCGACCCCGCCUGGCGCUCAUUUGUACACAGUGCAGACUUGGACCCGAUCGACGAAGUCGAAUACAAUGAGCCUGGUCGAGUCCGCGAGCUCUACAGCAGUGAGGAGGAGUAAGAUCGUUGCAUGGUUCGCAGGGCAGCAAAAAGGGGGAAGAACUGGACUUGGGUGAGCAUCGGAGCCAACAAUGGCAGCAUUUCGACUCUUGGCGAUAUACGUGGGACGAUAUUAUCUUCUUCAUACUUUAUUCUCUUAUAAUAUGAAAAGAGAAGAAAAAAGUAGAAGAAAAGAAAAGAAAAGAAAAGAAAGGAGAGAGACGAAGAAAGAAAGAAGCAUUACUUCCCGACCAAAGCAAGCAUUCACGACAUUAUUCAUGAACGACUUCAGCUUCUUCUCUACAAUUUCAAGUCACGCAAGGCAUUAUAAAUUUGGUUGGCAGUCAUUAUUAUAUCAUACAUCGUGGAGGCAGAUAAAUACACAAUAACAGGGUUCAUAGCAACCUAGGUAUAUUUUCCUCAUCUUAAAUAAAUCCAAGAACAUCGCGCUUCCUGUGUGCCAAUACAAUCCAUUCGUAAAUUUCCG